AUGCUAACCGUGCUGGCUAUCUCGACUUGGAUGGUUGUACGAUUGGUGAUAUGCUGCUUAGCGAUUUCAUUCCCAGUUGUUCGGAGUGUUCCACUGCUCAUCCAGCACCCGGUGUACCUGCAGUUCGUGGCGAGAGUGCAAUGGCCAUUUGCCGCCAGUGCCACCGCAAAAUGGGUAAAGGCUCAAUGGUCCUUCUGUUGGAGUUUCUUGUUAAUCAUUUGUUUCACAGUCUUCAAGAUUCCAGAAGUGAAAUUCUUGCUGGUGGGGAGUGCAGCAAUCUCUGCUCGUGGUGCUCUUCCCCUGAAAAGAAAGCCCCAAGAAGUUCUAGGUAUCGUUGCAGGACAAGAACUCCCCCGACGUGGUCGCUGCCAGCACUAUGCCAAAAGUCAGCGCUGGUUCAGAUUCAGCUGCUGCUCCAAAGUCUUCCCUUGUGACAAAUGUCACGAUGCGGAAACCGAUCAUCCAAACGAACAUGCCAACCGGAUGAUCUGUGGAUAUUGCUCGCGCGAGCAGAUCUACAGACCCGAGAAUUGUGGCAUUUGCAAAGCUAUCCUGAUUGGAAAGGCAGGUAGUGGGUUCUGGGAAGGAGGAAAGGGGACGAGGAAUCGUGCUCUUAUGAGUCGGAAAGAUCCGCGGAAAUUCAAGCGAGUUGGUGGGAAUGCUCCUACGUCUAAGACAUCAAAACGCAAGUAA